GUCAGUGUUGUGCUGCCUGUGUGGCUGCUCAAGUGUGGCUGCUGUCUGCUUUUACAUCAGCCCCACACUAGUCCCACAUCAGUCAUACACCCGCUCUACACCUGUUAUCAGUGCUAAGUGAGCCAGUAGAGCCACUUCCGCAGUGUGUACAUUGCCAGUGGGGCCGCUCUUCUUCGCCCCAUAAAACACUCGCCUUUAUGAAGUGCAGGUCAGUAAUUUAUCACGUGACACAACAAACUUUAACCAAAAUACAGAACUAAAGUGAGACGUUUUCGAAGAGUGUAGAACACCAGAGGCAGGUGACCAGUGGGGUUUAAAACAGGGUUCUAACAACGAAUUCAAGAGAUAAGAAAAUUCUGUUUAAGAUUAAACGGGAACCGGAGUGCAGUGACUAGGACAACGUAACAGAGGAGUGUGCAUAGCAGUGCUACGAAGCAGUGAUCAUAACAACAUUACGAAACAGUGAUCAUAGCGACGUUAUGAAGCAGUGAUCAUACCAACGUUACGAAGCAGUGGUCAUAACAGCGUUACAAAGCAGUGACCGUAGCAGCAUUACGUAUCAGUGACCAUAACAACGUUACGAAGAAAUGACUAUAAUAACGUUACGAAUCAAUGACCAUCAUGUUUUUAAGCAGUGACCAUCAUGUUUUUAAGCAGUGACCAUCAUGUUUUUAAGCAGUGACCAUCAUGUUAUGAAGCAGUGACUAUAACGUUACGGAGCAGUGACCAUAACGUUACGGAGCAGUGACCAUAACGUUACGGAGCAGUGACCAUAACGUUAAGGAGCAGUGAUCAUAAUAUUGUAACCAAGCUGUGACCUCUCUCACUGGGCCGAGAGACAGCGAUCAAGAUGACAGCAGCACCAGAUCCAAAGAACAAAAGGGACCGUAGGAAAUCAGCUGCUGCUUCUGCCACUCAAGCCGCCGUAGAAGAGGAGCUGGCCUCUUCAAACCCAAAUCAACGCAACUGGAAGGGCAUUAUCAUCGCCGUGCUGGUCAUCUGCUUCGUGCUGGGAAUGAUCGUGACAUCUGUACUCCUCCUGACUCCACCUGACGACGGUCCCAGAGUCAAAGGUCGGAGAUUUGAGUUAGAGGACAUACUAGGCGACGACUUUAAGAUACAUUCCUUCAAUGGCAGCUGGAUAUCAGACAACGAGCUGGUGUAUAAGGAUCCUGCUGGCGGCCUCUCUAUCUUCGACGCUGAGGCUCUCACUUCCCGAGUCCUAGUCUCCAAUAUUACCUUUCGGCAGCUGAACGUGGCACACUUCAGUGUGUCUCCUGAUCUUCGUUAUGUACUGCUGGCUGAACACGUCGAGAAGGUAGGUGCCACGACAGUUGCGUACUCCAUACUACCAUCCAGGUGAUUAAGUGCUUGUCUGCCUAUGAUAGUAAUA